AUGGACGAAAGCCUCGUGCGCGCCUGCUGCGCGCUGCGGCGCGAGCUGCACGCGCACCCGGAGGCCGGCUUCGAGGAGACCUGGACGCAGGCGAGGCUCCGCGCCGCGCUCGUCGACAUCGCCGGCGUCGACGCCGCCGCCAUCGCGCCGUGCGCGCGGACGGGCUUGGUCGUGGACAUCGACGGGCCCGGCGCGCCCGCGCGGCGCAUCGCGCUGCGCGCGGACAUGGACGCGCUGCGCAUGCAGGAGGCGAACCCGCGGCUGCCGUACCGGUCGGCGCGCGACGGCUUCGCGCACAUGUGCGGCCACGACGGCCACAUGGCCGGCCUCGUGCUCGCCGCGGCGCUCCUCGCGCGGCGGCGCGACCGGCUCCCGCCGGACGCGGGCGUGCGCCUGCUCUUCCAGCCGGCCGAGGAGGGCGGGCGCUUCGAGGCCGGCUGGCGCCACGGCGGCGCGCUGCCGAUGAUCCGCGGCGGCGCGCUCGACGGCGUGGACGAGAUCUACGGCCUGCACAACCUGCCCACGGCGCCCGUGGGCGCCGUGCGCGUCAAGGCGGGCGCCGUCAUGGGCCGGUCGUCGGAGCUGCGGAUCUCCGUGACGGGCGCGGGCGGCCACCGGCGCGGCCACGCCUCUCAGCCCCACAACGGCGUCGACCCCGUCGUCGCCGGCGCGCACGUCGUCGCGGCGCUGCAGACCGUCGUCUCGCGAAACGUGCCCGCGGCCGAGUCCGCCGUCGUGUCCGUCACGAACUUCCACGCGGGCUCCGGCGCGCUGAACGUCAUCCCCGACGCCGCGCUGCUGACCGGCACGAUCCGCGACUUCGACGACGGCGUCUUCGAGACCGUCAAGUCUGCGGUGACGCGCGUCGUCGAGGGCACGUGCGCCGCGCUCGGCGCGACGGCGACGGUGGAGAUCGCGACCAAGUACCCGCCCGUCGUCAACUACAAGGAGGGCGCGGCCGCGGUCGCGCGCGCCGCGGCGCGCGAGGGCCGCGACGUCGACCUCGACGACGGGCUCCCGCUGCUCGCGGGCGAGGACUUCUCCUACUUCCUGCGACCGCAGGACGGCGGCCUCGCCCGGGGCGCGUUCUUCUUCGUCGGCGCGGCCGAGGAGCGCUUCGACUUCAACGACAACGCGCUGCCGGUGGCCGCGGCCAUGUUCGUGCGCCUCGUGGAAGAUCGGCUCGGCGCGGAGCUCUACCCCGAGGACCUUCGAUAA